AAAAUGGUUGAUUUUAAGUGUCCAUUAUCAACUAAAUGCGAAGGUGACCUAAUGGUGAACCUCCUGGAGUGAGACAUGGACUUUGCUGAAAUCCUUUUCGCUUUGUUCAUCGUCGUGGUCGCCGUCGUCUCGCUGUUGUCAAACUUGUUGGUGCUGUUAUGUUUCGUCCACAGCACCGAGAUUCGCCGGCAGGUUCCCGGUGUCUUCACCAUGAACUUAUCCUUCUGCAACAUCCUCAUCACUGUCUUGAACAUGCCGGCCACUCUGGUUGGGAUUAUCCGGAACCAGCAGCCUUUUGGGGAUUGCGUGUGCCACACGGUGAGCUUCCUGGAGACUUUUCUCACUGCAAACACCAUGUUGAGCAUGGCGGCGCUCAGCAUAGACCGGUGGAUAGCGGUGGUGUUCCCGCUCAGUUACUCCACCAAAAUGCGCUACAAGGACGCACUGAUCAUGGUGUGCUACUCGUGGCUGCACUCCUUCACCUUCUCCCUGACGGCGCUGCUCUUCUCCUGGGUGGACUACAGCCACGUGUACGCGUCCUGCACCCUGCAGCCGAGCGAGGAGGGCAGCGACAGGAUUAAGUUCACUGUGUUCACGGUGGUUUUCCACGCCACCAGCUUCAUGCUCUCCCUGCUCAUCCUCUGUUUCACCUACCUGAAGGUGCUGAAAGUGGCCAGGUUCCACUGCAAGAGGAUAGACAUAAUCACCAUGCAGACUCUUUUCCUGCUGGUCGACAUCCACCCCAGUGUGAAACAAAGAUGUUUAGCUGAGCAAAAGAGGAGAAAACAGAGAGCCACAAAGAAGAUCAGCAUCUUCAUUGGCUCCUUCAUUAUCUGCUUUGCUCCUUAUGUUAUUACAAGGUUGGCUGAGCUUCUACCCUUUGUGGAUAUCAACCGCCGCUGGGGAAUCAUCAGUAAGUGCCUGACAUACAGCAAGGCUGCAUCCGACCCCUUCGCCUACUCCCUCCUACGUCAGCAGUACAAGAAAGUCCUGGUUACUGUCGUCAACAGGCUGCUACGCCGUGACUUGUACCCCUCGUCUGGCCAUAACAGCUCUUUAGACACGGAGAACGACUACUGUCUUCAGAGGAUCAGCUAAUAGUGAAUGAGCGGGCACGAUAGGUACACACUUUGAGCCAAAAAUAAAGGUUGCCUCGUGGAAGAAGGUGGGCGGAGGAGAAGAAUGAGCAGAGAGACUGGGAGGAGAGUAAAUUGUUAAGGAAGGAGAAAGAGAGCAGACAGAGGGGACAGAUUGUGGGUGGGGGUUGAAGAAAGAGCUAAAAUAAGGAAAAUGGUGGGUGGAGAAGAGUGAAGAGACAGUAAUGAGGGGGAGGAUGAGCUGAGAAGGUGAAGACGUAUAGGGUGCAAAGGGGAUGAUGUGGAAGACGUUUGCCUCGGACAGCAAGGGCAAACAAGGGAUCUAUGUUUCAUCGACACACAAAACAACACGGAUCACAAGAAUCAAUUUCAUUGAAUAAAUCCCAGGGGGAGAUUCAUCUUAAACUGAAGGACCACACCGCUGGAGACGGACUUGAAAAAAAAAGUGGCCUUUUUUUGUUGUUCCGACCACUUUGUAACGACUUCAGCAAAUCCCGGUGUUGUGACCUUUGCACUGCCACAAAACGCAGCCUGAGGCCGAUGAUCGUUAAAGGCGCUGGAGCAAAGAUUUGAAAAUGUCUUACCUUAUUUUAAUGAAUGUACUGUUAGGUGAGGCUUUACCUUAAUGCCAUGUUCUGUAUUGACAAUGUUAGAAUACUUUGCAGUGUCAUGUCAGUCACUGAAUAUUGAUGCACUUUGUCUAAAUCUCUCAGAGCAACUGUAGUUACAGGAGCCAAAGGAGGGGACCAUUUAUAGCUUGAUAUUAAAGGAUAAGGGAUAUUCUAUGUUUUUUUGUUGUUAACAAAUUCCAUGAAAAGUCCAAUAUCGACAAUAUUAUACACUGUAUGGUAUUAUGUAUCGUGAGUACUGGAUGCUCCAGAGAUGUAAAUCCAUGAAAAAGGUGUUGGAUUUUUUUAUUCAAGAUUUUAUCUUUUCCUUUGACAGCUGGGCACUGUUGAUUAUGUAAACACUUCUCAAUCAGGUGAAAACAUAGCUUUUUAAGACCCGGAUUAAUACACAAUUUGUGAACUCAAUAAAUGUAUGGCAAUAUUAGAACUGAAAAUAAACGUCAGUGCCCUGGUUUUCCAUUACGAAGACAAAUGUCACCACUCAGCUUAUUUUCACUUCUCACUCUUAAAACGUGGUAUCUUGGUCAGUGGCCCAAUGCAUCAAUAUUCAAAACUAUAGGCAUCUCUUUAAUUAAUAAACAAAUUGUUUUGUUGUGAUUUUGAAGUCAUGUAAAGCACCAGUGGUGGCGUUUUUGGAGAGAGCAAACAAACAUGAUAUUUUCAUCAGGAGGAUCUGUAUUCUUUUCCCGUGAUCCCAGUGGUUAAUGUUGACUUCUUUGGGACUCGACUCGUAUUGUCCCACUUAAAGCGCUUUUACACUACAUGUCACAAUAAGUCAUUCACACACACAUUCACACACUAGAGGCAAAGGAUAAAUGAUAAAGUAGCCAUCAGUACAUUCACAUACCAAUGUUGAAGCCACCGAGAGCAUUUUAGAUUUC